UUGACUGCAGAAUUUGGGAUCAAUGAAUCUCUUGAGAUACCUAUCCAAGGACCUUGAAACCGCCGAGGAGCCCGAGAUCGAUCUUAGGUCGGUCGUUGACAUGAUAAUGGGAUCCUAUUACACAUGCCAAGAAAAAGACAUAUUACCUGUUUUGUUUGUGGCUCUGUAUGUGUUUCGACACUACAAUACAUGGUGCGAGAUUGAAAGUGAAAGUGAUAUUAUGUCGUCCGUCAUCGUGCCGAUUUUACGUGAAUUUAUGAAUAUACCGGGCCAUAUCCAAUUCAAAUGGUAAUAUCAUCCUGAUUGUUUAGCCGUUUGCAUAUAGGAAGAUGGGAUGUUCUUUUGGUUUAAUUGUCGUUAUUCCUUUUAGCAGUCUUAACAGUGCAUCGACUGCGGGCGAGAACAGAAAAGCUGCUUUGGCUCAGGAUGGGCAAGCCAGGCAACCCGACAUUGUGGGUCGAACAGAGGGAAAACGUGAGGUAUAUUAUGGAGAAAUCAAGGGUAUCCACCCCACAACACAGUCAAAGAAUGCGGAUACCCUCCGCAUUGCCAUUUUUACAAAAGACAGCCUCGAUGAUCUACUCCCCGGUCUUGAAGAAGAUCUGCCACUCAUAAGCUUCCAGUCUGUCGGCCCUGAGAUAGUGUUUUUCCUUGGUGCAAUGAUUGGCAAUACUGUCAUCCAUGCAAGGAUCUCUGAGCUUACAAUGCCAACCUGUUCAUCCGAACUUAAAUCAAUGGAUCAAAUCUUUUUCUUCCAAUUGUUUCAGAUUCAAUCAUUGGUCCGGAUUACUAGCAAGUGCCUAAAGGGAAAGCGACAGGGGCAUGUAAAAGACAACAGUCCAUUUCCAACACUGAGCAUGCCUCAUCGAAAUAUGAAGCUGGGAAUUCAGUCCAAAUUGAAGGUGGUCAAGCGCGGGGGCAAAGAUGUCAUGGAGGUGAAGGAACUCAAGCGCAAAAGGAGAACAGCGGAGGCGUAAAUGAUAUGAAGGAGGAGGAGGACUCAGUAUAACUCAAUGCUCUCUACACUGUUCUAUUGUCGUACGUUAAGAACUAAUCCCAGUUAUUCCGAACUAGUGCUUGAAGGUCGUCAUCAUAAUGGAUCUGCUCUUUCAGAUAGUUUUCUGUUUUUAAGUAUACUUUCUUUAACAC